UAUAUAUAUAUACACAAGUAAUAUUAUUAAAUAUUAUGGGUAAAGGAAGAACAGCUUGUUGUGAUAAAAGUAAAGUGAAGAAAGGGCCAUGGACUACUUCUGAAGAUUUGAAGCUUAUUUCUUUCAUACAAAAACAUGGCCAUGGCAAUUGGCGUGCCCUUCCUAAACAAGCUGGGUUAUUGAGGUGUGGGAAGAGUUGCCGGUUGAGGUGGAUUAACUACCUAAGACCUGACGUAAAGAGAGGGAAUUUCACCCCACAAGAAGAGGACACCAUUAUUAACCUACAUCGCGCUUUUGGCAACAGGUGGUCAAAGAUAGCAUCUCAUUUACCUGGAAGAACAGAUAACGAGAUUAAAAAUGUGUGGAAUACUCAUUUGAAGAAGAGAAUAGUAGUGAUGAAGAAAGAGGAAUACAAUUCUUCUUCAUCAUCAACUUCAACAAGUAGUCAUCAAGGCCAAUACAUGGAUAAUAAUAGCACUACUUUAGAGUCUUUCUCUCCCACUUCUUCCAAGGCUAAUGAUCAAGUUAUGGACUUUUGGGAAUACAUGUUGGAUACUAGUAGUACUCCUACUAGCAUUAAUAAUUUGGAUCAUUUAGACAGCUACUCCAACUUGGACACUACUAGUGAACAUCAUCCUCAGCAGCUUGUAGAUGAAUUUGAAUGUCAAAAGUGGUUGACAUACUUGGAAAUUGAACUAGGACUAACAACAAAUAAUCAACAAGAAGACCACCAAAAUAACUUCAUGCAACUCUAG